AUGAUGCCUACUCCAGUGCCACCCUCACCCUCAGAACUGGCGAUCCCAAAGGUACUUUUCAAGGGCAAGAUGGUCUCCGGCAAAAAAUCUAACUCGCCCUUCUUCGUCCAUCAACGCCACAAACAGAGUCGAUCGAUCGAACAAUUAAAAAACACGUCCUCAACAACAACAGAAACUAUCACAUCCUCAGAACGAAGGGACAGCAAUCUCAUGAAACAGAAAAAUAAUCCCCAAGGUUCAGCCCCUCAUCCGCUGCUCAACAAAUCCCUCGCUCUCCUGCUCUCCGGGUUCCGUUACUCCCUCUUCAUCCUCCUCCUCAGUAUCUUACUCAGCCGCAUGAUCACCGAACAUUGGCUAUGGGGAUACAACGGAAAAUGGGCGAAACUAAGCUACUACUUUCCGGGGCCACAGGAGUCGUUCACGAUCGAGAGAUUGGCGUUGCACGACGGCGUCAAGGACCCCUCCAAGCCCAUCCUCCUCUCAAUCAACGGGAACGUCUAUAAUGUCAACUCCAAUCCUGGCAUGUAUGGUCCCGGUGGCUCGUAUCAUCAUUUCGCCGGACGAGAUGCCAGUCGUGCUUUCGUUACUGGCUGCUUCAAAACCGGCCUCACUUUCGACCUCAGAGGACUAGACCAACGGCAGCAGAAAUCCUUGGAUUAUUGGACCAAUUUCUUCGAAAACUCGCCCAAAUAUUUUAAAGUUGGCAACCUCAUCCUGCCCGAUUUAGAGCAAUCCAACACUCCGAUUCCGAAGGAUUGCGACCCGAAAACCGAAGGCGGUGCGAUCUGA